AUGACCGAUGAAGAGCAUGUCAGCCAAGAGGUUGAAAUGGAGAGCAAGGGGACCAGAGUCUUCAAGGCCAAGACGGUGAGAAUUGACUCUGGCACGGAGAAAGACUUGGAGUGCCAGAAAACUGUGACUGGAAGUUAUACUCGUACAUUCGGACAUGGAACGCUUGAAGUUAUUCCAAGGGAGCAUUUCUACCGCCAGCCGGACAAGCUGCAGAGUCUUUUCAACCGCCCCACCAUGGACGAUCUGCACAACACUAAUGUCGAGACAAUCCAAGUCAAAAGAAAAACCAUCACCACAGUCAAAGCCAUCAAAAACGAAGUAGUCGAGGACAACAACAACAGCACCAAAUUUGGCUGGAUCGAAGGCGUCCUCAUUCGCUGCCUACUCAACAUUUGGGGCGUCAUCCUUUUCCUCCGAAUGUCCUGGAUCGUAGGAGAAGCUGGCAUUGUCGCUUCCAUAGGAAUUGUUCUCCUCGCUUCAGUCGUGACAGUUUUAACGACGAUAUCAAUGUCUGCGAUUUGCACAAAUGGAAUUGUCGAAGGAGGUGGCGCGUAUUUUCUGCUAUCGCGAUCACUUGGCCCUCAAUUCGGUGGAAGUAUUGGCGUCAUCUUUUCGCUCGCAAAUGCAGUGGCAGUGAGUAUGUACAUCGUUGGCUUCGGCGAGACUGUGCGCGACUUGCUCCGCGAGCACAAUAUCAUCAUGGUUGACUUUGACAACGACGUGCGUAUCAUCGGCGCGAUCACUCUUGUCGUUCUCCUUGGCAUUACUCAAGCGGGAAUGGCCUGGGAAUCCAAAGCGCAGGGCGUCCUCCUCGUCAUGCUCCUUGUCGCCAUUGGCAACUACAUCGUCGGCGUGUUCAUCCCCAAGGACUUCACUUCUACUACGUAUUCAGAUCAAUGGGAAUUGCCAACACAAAAUCUGACCGACAAAGCGCUCCAUUUGAAGAAACUGAACUCGCAAGGGCAUUUCAGUCUCAACUCGGCUAUUGGCGCCGAUAAUCUCUGGCCACUGUUCUCCGCCGGCCAAAAUUUCUUCACUGUCUUCAGCAUUUUCUUCCCCGCCGCAACGGGAAUCCUCGCUGGUUCGAACAUCUCCGGCGACCUGAAAGACCCCAGUUCUGCCAUUCCAAAGGGUACUUUCGCUGCCAUCGGGAUCACAAGCACCGUUUACAUUGGAAUUAUCUUCCUUCUUGGUUUCCACACUACUCGUUUCGCUCCUGGCUACUUUGGUCAGACUUUGGCAAAUGGAACACAGCAACUUGACGAUUGGAUUUGGCCAAGUACGUGCUCAGUGAACGAGUAUUCCGACGCCGCGUGUGCUAAUGGCUGGAACUAUACAAUAAUUGACAGCUGCCCGGAGCCGGGAAUAGAAUGCCGCUUUGGAUUGAAGGGUGAUUACGCGACCAUGGCGAAAGUCUCCGGCUACGAGCAUCUGAUCACUGCUGGCAUCUUCGCGGCGACUCUUUCUUCCGCCCUUGCAUGCCUCGUCUCCGCGCCCAAGGUCUUCCAAGCGCUGGGAAAAGACAACUUGAUCCCGAAGAUCGAGUGGUUUGCCAAGGGAUUUGGCGCUGGAAACGAACCGCGACGAGCUUAUUACCUGACUUUCAUUAUCUCCCUGGCUUUUAUUUUGAUCGGAAAGCUCGAUGCAAUUGCGCCUAUCAUUUCCAACUUCUUCCUCGCAUCAUACUGUCUCAUCAACUAUGCCUGCUUUUCUGCAUCGAUGGCUAACUCACCCGGCUUUAGACCACAAUUCAAAUACUACAACAAGUGGUUUGCUCUUAUAGCGUCAUUUCUCUGCGUAGUAAUCAUGUUCAUCGCCAACUGGUGGGCCGCUCUCGUCACUUUCUUCUGCGUUGCCGCGCUUUACAAGUGGAUCGACCACCGUGAUGUUGAUGUCAACUGGGGCUCCACUGGUCCAGCCUAUACUUACAUGCGGGCAAUGCACCACGUGCAGAAACUGGCAAGCGUCGAAGAUCACAUCAAGAACUAUCGUCCGCAGAUUCUUUGCCUCUCAGGAGAACCGACUAAAAGGCCACAUCUUGUCAAUCUUUGCACUCAAAUGACCCGCGACUCUGGAAUCUGCCUCCUUGGACAUGUUUGCGAGAAGAGAGCCGAUGUCUUUGAAAAUACUCACCAGAAGAAACUUGAUGAAUCCGACAUCAAGGCGAUCUACACUCCCAUUCAGGCGGAAAGCGUUUGCCAGGGUGCAGUUUCUCUUAUGUCCGCUGCUGGAAUCGGAAAAAUGCGCCCGAACGUUGUCACUUUGGGCUUCAUGCACAGCUGGAAGAAACGAGACGUAGCUGAUCAUUACUCCUAUUAUGCGAUGGUCCACGAUGCGUUUACCCUCCGCAUGGGAGUCGGUAUUCUACGAUUGCCAGAUGAUGCUGAGGCAUUCACUCUUGAGGAACAAGUUGGAGAAACUCCAACCAAGUCGAAGAAAUCCUAUUUCGACUGCUGCAGUGCCAACGCGGAAGAAAAGCAAGCUCUUGCGACUUCUACGCCUUACUUUAACGGAAAAGUAAAGCCUCGAACUAUCGAUGUCUACUGGCUGUUCGACGACGGUGGACUGACCAUUCUCAUCCCCUUCCUCCUCACAAAACGUCGCUUUUGGUCUAACGCCAAGCUGCGCAUUUUCACGCCGGGUAAAGAGGAUCGUCUCGAUCAGGACAAACUGGAACUGUCCCGGCUUUUGACGAAGCUGCGGAUCGAAGCUGAAGUCGAUGUUAUCACGGAUUUGAAUAAGCCGCCGAGUGAAGAGGGCCGAGACAAGUUUGGUGAGUUGAUCAGCCCCUUCAAAGUUGACGACAGCGACGAGGACGAAGACUCGGACCACUUAAUCACCGAAGAUCACCUAGAAAAGUUCAAGAAGAAAACUGAGCGCCAAAUCCGCAUCAACGAAAUCAUGAAGCGAAACUCCUCCAAGGCUGAUUUGAUCGUCUGCACGCUGCCAAUUGUGAAACAAAAAGCGUGUCCUGCGCCGCUGUACCUCGCCUGGCUGGAGACGAUCUCCACCGGACUGCCGCCAUGCAUCAUGCUUCGCGGAAACCAAGAGUCUGUUCUCACCUACGCCUCCUAA